GUCGCAACUCUCGCUGUUUACAUCCUCCUUGAUCCCCCUUUGGAACCAAAACUCCCGGUAAUACAAACGCGGCACGUCAUGGCGGACGCCGACCGACUAGGAGAUGAGAUCCUGGCCGAUCGUGUACGGGCUGUAGAGGAAUUCCUCGACCCUAGUGACCAAAGAGCCCGUACAUACAAGCCAGAUAUCAUACUUAUGCUUAAUCGGGGCUUGAGACGCCUUACUGUCAGCAUCGACGAAGUGCGCGCACACAGUAGGGAGUUGAGCGAUGGCCUACUUAACAGCCCGUUCGAAUACUCAUUGGCAUUUGACACUGCUCUCAAAAAUGUCAUAACUGCGCUGCCUGGAAGACCGAAGCACGAGUCCGAUACUGAUGUUAUGUACUACUGCGCCUUUGUUGGCUCUUUUGGCGAAUUCUCCUGCAACCCUAGAACCCUCAGCUCUAGUCAUUUGAACCACAUGGUUGCGCUUGAGGGCAUUGUGACAAAGUGCUCUCUUGUAAGACCUAAAGUAAUUAAGAGCGUACACUACAGUGAGGCGACCAAUAGGUUUGUUACCAGGGAGUACAAGGAUCAGACAAUGACAGUCGGGGCGACAACAACCAGUGUCUACCCGACUGAGGACGACGAUGGAAAUCCACUUAUCACUGAAUAUGGCUAUUCGACAUACCGAGACCACCAGACCAUCUCCAUUCAAGAAAUGCCAGAGCGUGCUCCUGCUGGCCAGCUGCCACGAAGCGUUGACGUUAUUCUGGACGACGAUUUGGUCGACCGCACAAAGCCGGGUGAUAGAAUACAGCUUGUUGGUAUCUAUCGAAGUCUGGGAAACCGCAAUGCAGGUCAUUCAAGCUCAACUUUCCGCACAGUCAUCCUUGCAAACAACAUCAUCCAACUAUCGUCCAAGUCAGGGGGCGGAAUCGCACAAGCUACCAUUACCGAUACCGAUAUCAGAAAUAUCAACAAGAUUGCAAAGCACAAGAAAGUCUUCGAUCUUCUCUCACAGAGCUUAGCGCCCAGUAUUUACGGACAUGACUACAUCAAGAAAGCGAUUCUACUGAUGCUUCUCGGUGGAGUUGAGAAGAAUUUGGAGAAUGGAACACACUUGAGGGGGGACAUUAAUAUUCUUAUGGUCGGUGAUCCAUCCACAGCAAAGUCGCAAUUGCUGCGUUUUGUUCUUAAUACCGCCCCACUCGCUAUCGCAACCACUGGUCGAGGUUCAUCAGGCGUUGGUCUUACUGCUGCGGUGACUACGGACAAAGAAACCGGCGAGAGGCGACUAGAGGCAGGUGCCAUGGUUCUGGCAGACCGCGGUGUGGUAUGUAUCGACGAGUUCGACAAAAUGAGCGAUGUGGACAGAGUCGCAAUCCACGAAGUCAUGGAACAACAAACCGUUACCAUAGCUAAGGCAGGCAUCCAUACCAGCUUAAAUGCUCGCUGUUCAGUUGUAGCGGCAGCAAAUCCCAUUUAUGGGCAGUACGACACACACAAAGAUCCACACCGCAAUAUUGCACUACCCGACUCUCUCCUUUCUCGUUUCGACUUGCUCUUUGUGGUAACUGACGACAUCGAUGAUGUGCGGGAUAGGCAAAUUUCAGAGCAUGUGCUUCGCAUGCAUAGAUACCGCCAACCAGGUCUCGAGGAAGGCGCCCCAAUUCGCGAAACAGGCGCUCAGUCUCUCGGUGUUGGCCUAGACGGAGAUGCUGAUGCCAACAAACCUACCGAGGUCUAUGAAAAAUUCAAUGUCAUGCUUCAUGCUGGGGUCACAGUUACUACUGGCCGUGGUUCUGGCAGGAAGGUUGAAGUCCUCACUAUUCCCUUCAUCAAGAAAUACGUGCAGUACGCGAAGCAACGGAUAAAGCCUGUUCUUACUCAAGGCGCUGCUGAACAUAUCAGCGCCACUUACUCUGCACUUCGCAAUGACGAGAUGGAGGGCAAUCAGCGAAAGACUUCUCCGAUGACAGCUCGUACUCUUGAAACGCUUAUUCGUCUGUCUACCGCACAUGCAAAGGCUAGACUCAGCAACCGCGUCGAGGUUAAGGAUGCUGAAGUUGCAGAACAGAUUUUGAGAUUUGCCUUGUUCAAGGAGGUCGUCGAAGAUGAGCGACGCAAACGAAGAAAGCGAACGCAUAGGCCAGAUGACGAUGCCAUGUCCACAGAUUCUGACUCAGAUUCCUCCGAUGACGACGAUGGUGACAGUAGACCACGCCAGAGCACCCCUCGUACAACUGGACCCCGGACGAGACGCAACCCUGGAGUGAACGGUGCAAAUGGUCAUCCUGGCAUUCACGGCGAUGAAGGGGAUGAUGAUCUUUAUACAACUACCCCUCGCACGCAGCGAACGCGUACACAGCGAACGAAUGGUACGGGGACUCAAUCACAAUCCCAGUCACACUUUUCUCCUGCUUCUUCUCUUCCAGCCUCACAGCUUAUCCCUCAGGCAGAUGAUUCACAGGGUACAGCAAGUGGAGCUCGGAGAGCUGAGGUCUCUCCAGAACGUAUACAAGCGUUCCAGGCAGCAUUAGGCCAAUUGAUUGAUUCGCCGCUAUUUGCCAAUGAUGCUGCGGAUGAGGAACCACUUAUUGCCGCUAUUAAUGCAAGAUUAUCGGGGCCAGACGAGUUUGACGAGGACGAGGCAAGAUUGUGUCUGGAAGCUCUGAGUGAGCGGAACAAGAUUAUGUACACUGGUGGCAUUAUCUACAAGAUAUGAGAUGCUUGGAAGGAUAAAAGUCUUUUAAUCAGCGCUGGGAAACCAAGCAUUUGAUGUUCUGCAUUGUUAUGGGGUACGGAUCUAUGACGUUUUCCUGCGUACUGGAAUUAUUUUGCCUGAGUGUAACGUACGGGGUGAACAUGAGUUGAAUUAUGAUUCUUUUAGCCAAACCCUAUUUUGGUGUGAUUGGUGUGAGUUUGUAGCAACUAAAGGGACUAGAAAUGAGAGCUAGGUAUUUUUGUGUCUCCCUGGAUGCAAUCCUUGAAUACUG